UCAGGUCAAAAUGAUCCAUGUCAGAACUAUGGUUCUAUGGUUCAAUUCAAUGUAGUGGGUCUAAAGUUUGUUCUAAAUUAUUAAAAACGAAUCAAUCAACACAUGCUUUUCUAUGAACGACUUAAUAUGAUAAUCAACUUUAAUUAAUUAAAAAAUAAACUUUUGGUUCCUCAACUGCGUUGCCACUCCAGUCAGCAGAUGGCGAUGUGCGUCUUUUAGGUUCAGGCGAUGCUGCCAGUGUGACGUAUAAUCUAGUGGACGGGACGCUGCUUCAACAACAACAGUUCGACACCCUCGGUAGCUUAAUAGCAAACAUAGCUACAACAUUCACUCUCUUUAUACUGUUUUGGUGUAUAUUAGUCGCUGUGUACUAAACACACUUCUGUCUUAUGUACGUGUUGACCCAUUUAAUUAUAUAAUUACGUUGUUUGUCAGCUAGCUGGUUUGCUAAAUUAGCUUAGAACUAGGCUAGUUGCUAAUGCUAGCUAGCGAACAUCCCCGACCAUGAGUUCACUAAGCUGCUCUCCUCCUGCUAAAGAAGAGGAGGUCUUCUGGACGGAGAAAGAAGUUCUCCCGAAAGAGGAGGAGGAAGAGAAGGAUGUUUCAAUACAAAAACAAGUAGAGGGUGAAGCUGUUACCGUGAAAGAAGAAGAGAAAGACGUUUCAGUGGAAGAAAAGGAAGACUCGUUCAGAUUGAAAGAGGAGGAGGCGGAGAUGACUGUCACAUCGGUAAAGGAGGAGGAGGAAGAAGAGGACACUGGACAUCUGGGCCCGGUUUCCCAAACGCAUCUUAAGGCAUCCUAUGGUUCUAACGGUGAACUCAGCCGUAAGAUGGUUUUGAGAAACCGGGCCGUGAUUAACACUAGAGAGAGACGUGACUAUCGUGGAUCCUCUGGGGAGCCUCAACAACAUCAUGAAGCUGAUGAGGCAGAGAAGAGUCCCACCCGAUCAGAACUCCUCAAGAAACACCAGUGGAGACCAACAGGGAAGAAAUCUCACUGCUGCUCUGACUGUGGGAAGAGUUACUUAAGAUCAAAUUCACUAAAAGUACACAUGAGAAUUCACACCGGAGAGAAACCUUAUAGCUGUGAUCAAUGUGGGAAGAGUUUUACUACAUCUAGCCAUAGGAUUGCACACCAGAGAACACACACAGGAGAGAAACCUUAUAGCUGUGAUCAAUGUGGGAAGAGUUUUACUCAGUCAAGCAGCCUGUUAUCUCACCAGAGAAAACACACAGGAGAGAAACCUUACAGCUGUUAUCAAUGUGGGAAGAGUUUUACUCAGUCAAGCAACCUUGUAUCACACCAGAGAACACACACAGGAGAGAAACCUUAUAGUUGUGAACAAUGUGGGAAGAAUUUUACCACAUCCAGCCAUCUGAUUGUACACCAGAGAACACACACAGGAGAGAAAUCUUAUAGCUGUGAACAAUGUGGGAAGAGAUACUCUGAUAAAUGAUCUCUGAUCAAACAUCAGAAAAUACAUACAUGAAGUAGUUGUUUCAUGAUAUCAAUGAAUUAAUGUCACAAUGUAGAAUGUUUAAACAUUGUAGUAGGAGUAUUUUAAUGAUGUCACAAUGUAGAAUGUUUUAACAUUGUAGUAGCAGUAUUUUAAUGAUGUCACAAUGUAGAAUGUUUUAA